CCCCGAGAGAAAAAUGAUGGAACACAAGCAAGAAGUUAGCGAGCCUACAGAACUCGCUGUCGUCUCCGUGCAGUCGCGUCUCCUUCCCUUCUGGCGUGAAUAUCCUCGCGUGUGGUUCAUUCAAUUCGAAGCCGUCGUCGAGCCGCAGAAGACCAGUGACGAAAACAAAUAUCGUUACGUCCUGGGCCAACUACAACCGACCGACCUUCAACAUGUCACAGACAUCGUGAUCAAGCCGCCAGAAACUAAGAAGUACGAGGCCAUCAAACAACGCCUUCUCUCCGUGUACGAGCAGUCCGAGGUGAAAAACUUUAAGAACCUCAUCAGCGGAUUGGAACUUGGCAACCAAAAACCGUCUCAGUUGCUACGACGUAUGCGCGAACUCGGCGGCAACAUGAUCACCGAAGAUGGCAUCAAGAUUGAGUGGAUGAACCACCUUCCGCCGCAAAUGCGAGUUGUGCUGUCUGUGAACACAGAUUCAUCACUCGAUAUGCUCGCGGCAAUGGCAGACAAGAUGAUGGAAUAUUCCGAGUCGGCAAAUAUCGCAGCUGUCUCUUCAUCUCAACCAGAUUCUGCGGCAGUAAACCAGCAAAUCAUGUCCGCGCAGAUACAAGUUAUCUCAAAACAACUCGAGAAUCUGACACUCGAGAUCUCCGAACUUCGUAGCCGUGGAAGACCAAACCAUCGCCGUUAUCAGCGUUCCCGCUCAAGAUCAAAGUCCACUGCAAGGCAUCAACACGAUCCCAAUCGAGUAUGUUACUACCACUACCGAUUUGGAGAUCAGGCAAGACGCUGCGUGUCACCGUGCGCUAGGCGAAAUCAAAAGAAGUCGGAAAACUAGAAGAGGCACCGACCGUGGCGGACGUCGGUGUAACUACGACAAGUAACCGCCUAUGUGUCUUCGAUCGCAACACGAAUCACCGUUUCCUCGUUGACACCGGUGCGGAUAUCUCCGUCCUAGCCGCCACCCCAAUACAUAAGAAGAAAUGUUCGCCAACAUCAUACAAACUAUACGCCGCGAACAGUUCACCAAUCAAUACCUACGGCGAGAAAGAUCUACAAAUCGACCUAGGCCUCAGAAGACGAUUUCGCUGGUCAUUUGUAGUCGCAGAUGUCAAAACAUCGAUACUCGGAGCUGACUUCCUUCGCCACUUCAAACUCCUCGUCGACUUGCAUCAAAAGAAGCUAAUCGACAAGGUGACACAACUAUCGAUAAACGCCGUAGAAAUCUCGUCGAUGCAACAAGCCGUUUACGUACUUAGCAACAAGCAGACAUAUCAAGACAUACUCAAGCAAUAUCCAGAUCUACUGCGACCUAUGUCCUUGAAAACGCCCGCUAAACACAACGUCGUGCAUCACAUCGAGACUACGGGACAACCUGUCUUCGCCCGUGCUCGCCCCCUGCCGCCCGACAAAUACAAAGCGGCUAAGGACGAAUUCGAACGCAUGAUGGAAAUGGGCAUAUGUCAACCUUCCAAGAGCCCGUGGGCCAGCCCACUCCAUGUGGUAAAGAAGAAAGAUGGCAGUCUACGAGUGUGCGGCGACUACAGACGUCUAAAUUCAGUCACGCUACCAGAUAAAUACCCGAUUCCGCGCAUACAAGACUUCACCUAUCAACUACACAAUAAGAAGAUCUUUUCAAAACUCGACAUGAAAAUGGCCUACUACAAAAUACCAAUAAACAAAGAAGACGCUCAGAAAACGGCAAUCAUCACACCCUUCGGGUUGUUUGAAUUCACCUGCAUGCCGUUUGGCCUACGUAACGCUAGUCAAACUUUCCAACGAUUCAUGCACGAGGUUCUGCGCGGCAUCGAGGGAUGUUUUUCAUACAUCGACGAUAUCUUGUUGUACUCAGAUAACGAACAAGAACACAAGGAAUUACUGCAUCGAGUUCUUGACCGCUUGAACAAAUACGGCGUAUCACUCAACGUAAACAAAUGUGAAUUUGCACAGGCGAAAAUCAAUUUUCUCGGCUAUGAAGUAACAGCGGACGGCAUAAAACCAACCGAAGAACGGAUAAAAGUCAUAUCCAGUUAUCCUCAACCGAAAACUAUCAUCGAGCUUCGUCGUUUCCUGGGCAUGCUGAACUUCUACAGAGAUUGUUUACCAAAUCAAGCCGACAUGCAAAGUGAACUCAACAAAUAUCUGCACAAUGGGAAAAAGAAUGACAAAACGCCUAUCACGUGGACGCCGGCCGCCGAACAAGCAUUUCAAAAAUGCCGCCAAAGCAUACUGGAAUGUGCAACACUAUCGCACCCUAUCGCCGGCACCCCACUCUGCAUCAUGACGGACGCUUCUGACCACGGCAUUGGAGCGGUGCUACAACAACGUGACAACGCAGCCUGGAAACCGCUAGCAUUCUUUUCCAAAACAUUGAGUGCUACGCAAUCACGAUACAGCACGUAUGAUCGCGAACUACUAGCGAUCUACGCGGCUGUGAAACAUUUUCGAAGACUCAUCGAAGGCUGUGACGUCACCGUCUACACUGAUCACAAACCGCUAUCCUAUGCGCUCUCAAGGCCGCAAAGUAGCAGCGACACUCAGCGACGCACAUAGGGGUAUUUUGCAUUUUUAGCCGGGCGAAACUAUUAGUGCGGGUUUUUCUGCUGUAAAGUAGAUAGGACUUACUAAUAUUUACAGAAAACCAUUGAAAAGGCCUUAAUCCUAAAGUGAGUAUUAUGGGCUGAUACGAUGAUAAAAUAAAGUAAUAUUCAUGA